AUGCACGCCGCGCAGCUCCUGCUGCUGCUGCUGCUGCUGCCGCUGCUGCUGCUCGCGCUCCUGGCCGCCCCGGUGAUCGCGGGGCCGCAGCCCCAGCAUCAGCCUCCGGGCUCCCGGUCUGUGAACGCCACCCGCCCCGGGGCUGCCGCGGAGGCGACGGUGACCGGCGGCGGCGGCAGCUCCAACAGCAGCGGCGACGCCCUGGUGACCCGCCUCUCCAGCCUGCUCCGCGACCUGCCCACGCUGAAGGCGGCCGUGAUCGUGGCGUGCGCCUUCAGCGCCUUCCUCAUCGCCUGCCUGCUGCUGCGCGUCUUCAGGUCCGGGAAGAGGCUGAAGAAGACCCGAAAGUAUGACAUCAUCACCACUCCGGCCGAGCGCGUGGAAAUGGCCCCGCUGAACGAAGAGGAUGACGAGGAUGAAGACUCCACAGUAUUUGACAUCAAGUACAGGUAA